AUCAAGCAGAGUAAUAAUGGCAUCAUCAUCCUCUUCAGAAACACCUCUUCACGUAGUAAUACUUCCAUUCAUGGCAAAAGGCCAUACAAUCCCACUUCUACACCUAACUCGUCUCCUUUUCCUUCACCGCAGCAAUAUAGCCGUGACCAUCUUUACCACUCAUGCCAAUUCUCCAUUUAUCCGACAAUCUUUACACGACACAGAAGCUUCAAUCAUCGAACUCACCUUCCCACAAAAAUUUCAUCCUGAGAUUCCUCAAGGAGUUGAAUCUGUAGAUAAGUUGCCAUCUCAAUCUCUCUUAGUCCCAUUCUGCAAAGGGACUAAAUUACUUCAACCGGAAUUUGAUACAAUUCUCCAGAGUCUCCGGCCGAAUGUCAGUUGUUUAAUCUCUGAUGUUUUCUUUCCAUGGAGUAUGGAAAUUGCUACGAAGUUAAGCAUACCAAGAUUGGAUUUCGAUGGGGCUAGUAAUUCUGCCAUGGUGUUUUACGAUAUCCUUAUGACUCAAGAGUUUCUUGUUGACUCCGAUGAUGAGAUUUUCAGUGUGAUUCCAAGUCUUCCUGAUAUCAAGCUGACUAAGAAUGAUAUUGAACCUGAGUUUUCAAAUCAGCAACCAGGUGAACAUACUGAUUUCUACACAGAGGUUAUCACGGCAACGAGUAAGAGCAAAGGCAUAAUCCGGAACAGUUUCUAUGAACUCGAACCGGAGUUCGUCGAUUACUGGAACAGAGAAAACUCGCCAAAAGCUUGGAAUAUUGGACCACUCUGUCUACUUGCAACAAAAGUUAUAAGCUGUGAAGAAAAACCAAUGUGGAUUCAAUGGCUUGAUGAGAAGCUAGAGAUGGGAGAAUCUGUUUUAUAUGUUGCAUUUGGGUCUCUGGCAGAAAUGACAAUGGAACAAUUGAGAGAAAUAGCCAUUGGGUUGGAGAACUCUGGGGAACAUUUCUUGUGGGUUUUGCGACUGCCGGAAUCGAUUAUGGGAGAUAAAUUUAUGAGUGAGUUUGAAGAGAGAGUGAAAGGGAGAGGACUAUUGGUGAAGAAUCAAUGGGUUGAUCAAGUUGGAAUACUACGUCAUGAGUCUGUACAUGGGUUUAUGAGUCAUUGUGGAUGGAACUCGGUACUGGAAAGCAUAUGUGAAUCAGUACCACUGUUAGGCUUUCCAAUAACAGCUGACCAGCACUUAAAUGCAAGAAUGGUUGAAGAGUAUUUUAGAAUUGGUGUUAAGGUUGUAACAGGAAAUGGUUCUGUUCGCGGGUUUUUUGGUUCGGAGUGCAUUGAGAAUAAGGUGAAAGAAUUGAUGGAUAUAGAAGGUGAGAAAGGGAAAGAAAUGAGGAAGAAUGUGAAGAAGUUGAAUGAGAAAGCUAGAAAUGCCAUGGCAGAAGGUGGGUCUUCCUGGCACACUCUAAACUUGCUUAUUGAUGAAUUGUAACAAAAAUUGAAAGAUUUUGUUCCCCAUUUCUUCUGUAAUAGUAGGAAACUGUAUUUCCCUUUAAAGUCGACUGAGUGCAUUUUAGAUUUACCAGAGCGAUGUUAAUUAGCGACAGUCUAGUACGAAUGUGAUUUGACGUAUUAAUAA